AUGCAGCAACUUCUCCUGGUUUUGACUGUUACCUUGCUCCUGGCCCAGGCCAAUGAAGGCACACAGUGCUGGGGUUCAUCAGGCAAGUGCAGACAAACAUGUAAAGAGACAGACGUAUUCUAUAUAUUAUGCCAAGAUGGGAAUAAGUGCUGUGUGAACCCCAAGUAUGUUCCUGCACAGCUGCAUAAGGAAAACUGA